AUGCUUUACAGUAAAACGAAGAGUGAGAGUGGUGUUCCAGAGUGGGCCAUAGUGGAGCUACAGGGUCUUGUCCAAAUAAAGAAGGAAUCUCCAACCGGACCAACUGUCAUUGGUGACCUCCACUUCUUCAACCGCAACAAACAUCCAGUGUUAAUCCUAGGACACCAUGUUCUUAACGGAAAAGAAGUUAAAAUGGAACAGCCCAUGGCGGUGAUUGAAAAAGUUACGGACGACUCUAAAACUCAAUAUAAAGUGAAGGCUGUGGUCAAAAAGAAAUUGAUUUUCAAAUCUAGACCUAAACCUAUUAUCUCCAAUGUUGUUGAAAGAGUUUGA